UUUCAAGGUUCUCAUUGUGAGGCAAACAUCGAUGACUGUGUUGGUGUCACCUGCCUCAAUGGAGGUUCCUGCGUGGAUGGUGUAAAUGAAUGGUUCUGCCGCUGUCCUGCUGGGUACUCAGGGCGCCACUGUGAAUUACACCAACUAAUCCCUGUGAGUGGUGGAUUAGGCAGCGUUGCAGUGGCUGACCCAACUAUCAUCACAACUUGUCACAGCGGCAAGAUCUGCCUCCAUAAUGGAGUUUGUAUACGUCCCGCUGCUACGUUCAACGCUGUUGAGGCCUUUUGCGACUGUCCUUUAGAGUGGUAUGGCGAGUUCUGUGAGAUUCCCGUUUGCUCGGAGGAUGUCUGUGCCAAUGGGGGUCGGUGUCGGGCCUUGCUAAACCGUCCUGGCGACCAGACUACUCCCUCGAUGAAGGAGUCUUAUUGUGAAUGUCCACCAGGAUUCUUUGGAAAGCAUUGCUUAGAAAAGGUAAUUUUUGUUCGUGGUUAUCAGUUCGCAAUUCUAAUCGCUUUUUGUUCAGGAUGGUUACUAUAG